GAUUGCAAUCAUAAUAUAGGUUAUGUUAUGUUUAGCUUAGUUGAAAUAAAAAUAGCAAAAAGAGUGAAAUAGGGUUUGUAAAAUAGUUUUUAUUUUUAUAACAAAAAAUACCGUGUCUCAAUAACGAUGGACAGCAAUUUUAAAAAUAGUUUCACGUUUAAUUUCAAAGAAAUUAUAAUAGACGAAAUAGCUUUGGAAGGACUAGAAGGAAUUGGCAUCAGAUUCUUAUGGAAACGGGUAGAAAAUAAAAUUUCAUCACCAGUUACCGAUAAGAUGAAAAUAAGAUUUUGGAAAUUCAUCGUAAAAUUUAAUAAUGUUACAUUUUAUCAAAAUCCAGAACCUAUGCCAAAUAUAGAGAUUUUGGAUCGGUUUUCGAUAGUACACGAAGAAACAGGACAACUUCUCGAUCCUGUUGAUUACUUAGAUGGUCCAUAUAACUAUGCUCCAGUGGGUAACAAUGGCUCAUCAGUACACUAUAAUCAAAGAAUAGUUAUUGAGAAAGAGGAGCUACAAGGACUGUCAUAUAAUGAUGUGAUUACAAAAUAUGGAGAUCACCUAACAAUUGUUGCUUCAAAGGAAGAAAGAUGGAAAGCUCUUGCUGGUCAUGUACCUAUUUCUUAUUUGUCACAACUUACUACAGCACAUUAUUGUGUGUUGGAAAUUGUUGGUAAAGCUAGAGACAAUGGACAAAUGACUGUCGGUAAUACAAAUUUGACAAAGAUAAUGAAAGAUCCAAAACAUCUAUUUUAUAUAAGAAAACAUUUACAAGAUAUGGGCCUUGUGAGAACACAAUGUCAUCCACAGUUUGUGCAAGGCAGGGGUAUGAAAAGUAUUUUACUCAGACUGAAAAGAUUUCAUAAACCGAUACUCCUUUCAACACCAAAAGUUGGAAAACUACAUAACAUCAUAGAAUAUUUAAAAAAGAAACCUGAUCACUCUGAAAAAGUUGAUUUAUUGAUUAAAACAGGAUAUUUAAAUCAUAAGCAAAGCAAAAGACUACAAAAGACACUUAAUGUAUUCCGUUUUGAAGAGAGACAAAUAAAAGUCGAUGAAAUAUCAAAUAAUAGAAGACAGAAGGUGUUUGUUAAAAAAAAGUACAUUAGUUUAGAGAUGUCUAGUGAGGAAUCGGAUAAUUCUGAAGAUGAGACCCCUACUGCUCCUUUAGAAUGCCAAUACAAAGUGGGGAUCAGUUUACUAAGACAGGCGUAUGAAAGAUUCUUAGAUGCAGGUCUAAAAGGGUUAACACAAAUUCAACUUGCUCAAAUAUUGGGAGUUGAGUUUUACACUAGUAGAACUAUUUGCAGAACAUUAAAAUCAAAGAAUAUUGUUAAGGAAUUUUUAGAAGACAAAGGUAGACAGAGGACAGCAAGAUACAUCGCAGUAGCUGCUACAACUGAAAUUGAUAACAUAUAUGAGGAGGAGAAGAAGAAAUUUUUACAUUUCAUGAACACAUCAAACAUUGAAGAUAUAAAAGAAGAAGUACCUGCGAAAAAAAUGAGAGUUGAAGAAGAUGAACCUCAUGAAAAUGUUGAAGCAUCAGAUAAUGUAGACACUGAUAUAACUGAAGUGAAGGUAAUCGAAGGACUAGAAAAUAUGAUAAACGAAUCAUUGCUUAAUUCUAAAAAGAAUCCAACAUUGAGACAGCUUAAAUUUGCUAAUGGAUUACUAAAGGUCGUUCGAGAGAGACGUGCAAUAUCUGGAUAUCAUACUUUGAGCACUCUAGUUUCUAAGGACAUAGGUGAGCCACCUAUGGAUACAAAAGCUUUGAAAUCAUUCGUACAGAAGUUGGUCAAAGAUGGACAAGUCAAAAUGUACAAGAUAAAAUGGCCUGGUUUUCAUCAAAAGUACACAACAUUAGUUUGUGACCCUCUCAUGAAAAGCAAUGAUCCUGUUAUCAUUGGAAAAUAUAAGGAAAUCAGUAUGAAGGCUCUUACAAGCCAAAAGUCGAAAGUUAAAAGAGCUUUAACAGAAGGUGUUACCCGACCUCUAUCCCAAUUCGCAUACCCUAGAUAUAUGAAAAUGCAGAAAUUACACGAACUCGUGAUAAAUGUUGUAUACUUCAGUGAUAUUAAAAGUCAAUUUCCCGAAGGAUUUGCAUGCGUUUUAAGUGUUGUACCUCAUAUGACAAUCGGUUUCGCUGUCGGCAAUAUAAGUAACGUCGCUAUAUCUGACAUAGCUCAUAUGAGAAUAAGCGACAAUUUACUCGAUAUUAAGCUUAAAGACGCGCCAUCUGACUUAUACGAAAGACUGUUGCAGUCAAAGAGCUUGCAAAACUCGAUAAGAUCCAAUUUAAAGGCACUCGCCAUGAUGGGUCUUAUUCAGCUAAUCUCAGAAGCAGUACCUCUGCCCUCCACUGAUUACGAAGGCAACCUUCUAAGUUAUUUGUUCUAUGUCAACCGUCGAGCAAAAAUAUUAGACACGUCAGGUAUUUGGCCAAAACCGAACACAGAUUUAGGAAAGCUAGAGAAAUCGUACCAUUUCAAAACAUUUGAAGAUGUAUCAACUUAUUGGAAUGAUGUUUAUAAUAUUAGUACUAGUACGAAUGUCGAAAUAGUUAUUAAACGGGAUAGGAAGAAGAUAAAACCGCCAGUAAGGAAAGCAGAGGAUGUACAGUUGUAUGAUAAUGGGGAGCGUUACGGCGACGGGCUGGGACCGUGCGCCUUCGACUCCAGUUUCUUUAUGGACAUACCUCGAUUAUGGCGUACAUUUUACAUCCGCGCCGCUAAAAUGACUCAACCACCGUUACGAAGGAAGAAGAAGGGUAAAAAAAUCAAAAUCGAAACAGUUAAGAAACCCAAGAUGAGACCGGUGAUUAAGAAAAAGCCUUUAAAAGCCGUGAUAAAUGAACUCACAAUAAAUAGACGUAAAAGGAGGCAGCCGGAUUCUUUGAUAAAAUGGUCCAAAUGGGAGGACAAAAUAAUAAUGCUUUGCAAAGCGGCUAUAACUAUAAUGAGUCCCACUUCUCAUCCGGAUUGCCUCAGAGUUAGAAAUGCAGUAGCAAAAGAGAUAUUAUACAUGGCGGAUGACAAGAAGACUGCAACCGCUUGUCAUAGAAGAGCGGCAGCUAUAGAAUGUAAUUCAAUUCUAAUGCACGAAAAAGAGUGUAUAUUGAACGAAGUAAGACGACGACCAGAUCUGAUUCAGAAGUACGAAGGAUUGUUAAAAAGGUUGCGAAUUCGUUAUUCAGCAAAUCUAAGCAGAUUGUUCAAGGAAUGUAAAAUACCAAUGUUAGAACUUGUGCGGGCGAUGUGCCUGAUAUCUAGAAGUAAAUCGUUUACUCAGAGGGUACCUUGUGUAGCUGUAGAUUUAGAAGAUUUUAAUAAAAAAUUUGAUAUUACGUCAUCAUCAUCAUCAUCUGCUGUUAAAACAUUCAAUAUGUAUAGAACCCCUGUCGAUUGUGAUCGUCUCCUUGCCUCUUUAAAAGAAGGAAUUAUUAUGACCACAAUGUUGUCGUUUGAGAAUACGAUAAAUUCAGAUGUCGCUUCAAAAGUUUACGCAAUAUUUAAAAAGCAUCCUGAAGUUCUUUUGCGAACAGCGUUAGAGCAGCUUCGAAAAAGUGGAGCUAUUUCGGCAAGAGAUAAAAUAUUGAACAAUCACUUGCAUAGAGUUGAAAUAGAAGACAUCGUUCAAUCUUCAUACAAGAUAUCCGCGUUUUAUCAACGAAGAUGGAUUUGCAGACUCAAUUCUGACUUCAUAGAUAUCUUGGGAGAUAGUUUAGAGAAGCAAGUGCCCGUAGACGGCGUUAAAGGCUCGCCCGAAAUAAAUUGCAUAUUUUGUGAAUUACUCGCAUGUGAUAUUUUUGACCUAAUUUCGCUCACAACUCCGGCUAUAUCGGGUUACUCUGGUUCUAUAAUGCAAGAGGAACAACUUAACGUUAUUGAUAUAGAAAAUAAAUAUUCUCUCAAGUCUGGAUUGGUUGGUUGCAAAUUAAAGUGUAAUAUAAAAGAGUUUUCUGAUUUAUAUGAAGAUAUAGACAUAGACGGAUGUAUGCAGGAGAUUCAAAGUUUUAAUGUUCUGGAUCAUACAGAUAUCGUGGAACUAUCAGAGGACGAAAUAGUAGACCAUUUAGAGCAGAUUGGUGAUAAAGGAUGUACAUUUCAGGAAUUAAAAGCACAUUUCUCUUACGAUACAAAAACCCUUUGUAAAAAACUUAAUGAUUUGGAGAUGAAGAAAAUAAUAACGCGAGUAGGAUAUUAUGAAAAUAAAAUCAUAUUGACUGAACAUUUUAAAUCCUGGGCGUUAACUGUUGAAGUGGAUAAAAGUUUCAUACCAGUUCCGUGGCUGUCGUUGGAUUAUGAAGUACGGUUUGAUAUAUUGUUUAAGUGGGCCGGAGUAAUUGUCAACAAAGUCUUUGAAUCCCCUGGCUGUUCUGUAUCCGUUUUGUCGGACAGCUGUGAAGUUCUAUCAUACAGAGCAGUCCAAGAUAUUUGUAUGUUCCUCAAAAAAUGUGAAUGUGUAAUACUCCAUUGUGUAGAAAUACCAGAACCGGCCUUAUUUUCAGAUAACCUACCACCUAACGAAUUAAUGGAAUUUAACCGUUGGGAUACACCAGACAAUAUUGUUGUAUUUCCAACUAAAAAUAUUCUGACUAAAUAUGCUUAUGUAAGAAAAAAUAUACUGGAAAAAUGGCUUUAAAUUCAUUUUUUUUUCUUUAAAAAAAUGUUUUAUGUCGUUUCAU